AUGCCAACCCUACCUUCCGUGAACCAUUACCGAGACGAUUCUCUCUCAGUCCCUGAUCCUCAAUUUCCUCCUUCCACUGUCACCAUUCUUGCUACUACCCCAACGACUGAUCCGCCUACCUUACCUACCUUCUCGGGGUCAGUCGUCGGCACUAUAUCUCGCCGCAAUCGUCGUUCUCUCGCUACUUUAGCCCAUAAGACUUCCAGUGCCUUGGCUAGUCUUUCAAUCAGCCAAACUACUCCUUUGCGAUCUUCUCCAUCCGCCAGUAGUUUAUCCCGACUAUCGAGAUCGUUCAGCGCAACCCCCUUGACCCCACCAUUGUCAGACGGAGAGACCAACGAAGUCCUCGAUUUCGCGCGUUCCCAUUCUCCCGCAUUGACCGACGUGAAUCCUACCCAGAAACGUCGUUUCACCCUCCAGCGCAUUCCAACUCCUCCCGAAAUUCGUUCAGCCCCGGGCACAGUCCCAGUCGCACAGCCCAAGAUGCACCAAACUUCAUCCCGGUUGUUGCGCAUGACCGAAGAUGAGCGCCCUUUUACCAAGGAUUUUAUGGACUUGUUUUCCACAUUGAUGGUUAGCUUGAAGUUGGACACUCACCGCGUCCGCUUUACUCGUUAUGAUCACACCUUUACCUCGGAAGAGGCCAUCAACAACUUGGGCUCUCUCAAGUUCUCCCAGUCAAACCGCAUGCCCGAUCCCAAGGACCCCUCUCGUAUCGUCACCACUACUACCACCACCACAUUCUCCAUGGCCAAGGAAAUGGCCCGUUCAGUCUGCCAACGAUUCGUCGAUGCCCGCUUUAUCGAACCCGUGGAUGGAAAGGCGUUACCGAUUUUCCCGCUCAAGGGCGCUCUGUUUCAACUCACACCCAAGGGAAUUAACAUUUUGCAGCGUUUCUGCCAGCGGAACGGAAUCACUGCCCGUCACGUGAUGGAUGUGUUGGAAUCGCCGCGCAACACGAUGCAAUUGGUGAACCUGGAGCGGGACACGGAAUCCGACAAAUUAUCCCACGAUCGAGCCACAAUUGAAGUCAUCUUCCGCCGAUUUGCCGGUCAGGAUGGUCCCAACAUCAAGAGCAGUAUUUCAACCUCCGAUUCCGACUCGUUAAGCGAUUAUUCCAAUGGAUUAGUGGGUGUGAAGAUGGCCCGGGAACGGAAAUUACAGGAUGGAAAGCUUUACAGCAACACUUUUACCGGAAAGGGAGCUGUUGAUUGGUUAAUGGAUUGCUCAACUACAAUUGAGCGCCGUGAGACCUGUUUGAUCGCAGAGUUGUUCUUGAAGUACGGUUUAAUAACCAUGAUUCAAGACGACAAGGCUUUCCCCGACUCAAAUGCCGUUUUCCAGCCAUCCAAGUACUCUAUCUACUGCAUUACUGAGCGUGGACAGCGUGUAUGCGGGUGGAUCGCCCGUGAUAAGAACCGCGACAACAGCACUACUUACGAUAACCGUGGCAUGCCCCGCGACUCCAACAACGCUCGUCUUACUCAUAUUCUUGGAGAUCCUGCUCUUCGUCUACUCUUCCGCGAGUUUCUCCGCUACUCCUUGUGUGAGGAGAACCUGUCAUUCUAUCUGGAUGUUUCUGAAUUCACUGCCAACUACCACAAGGCGGAGAAGGCCGGUGUUUUCAACAAGGUGGACUCUGUUCGGGAAACCUUGGCCGCUGCUUAUGGCUUGUACAACGCUUUCUUAGCUCCUGGCUCCCCCUGUGAAUUGAACAUUGACCACGGUCUCCGCAACAGCUUGGCCAGUCGUAUGACCAAGGCUGUUGGUGAUGAUGAGUCAAUGUUCAAGAGUCUCCAGGAGGUGGUACACCUCUUCGAGCUCGCUCAGACCUCUGUGUUCAAGUUGAUGUCUAGUGAUUCCGUACCCAAGUUUCUUCGUGAUCCCAAGUACUCCGUUGUCUUGCAGGAGCACGACGUGGAUAUUUUCGGCGGGUCUCGCUCGUACUCACCGACACCCGGUGGACCGGAACGCAGCAUGAGCCGUACUGCACGGACAUGA